AUGUGCGUAAUCGAUCACUGCGACUAUCGCAUCGCCGCUGUGGCACUCCUCCCCAUCUCGUCAGACAUGCUCAAAUACGGAUCGGGCGAUGGCGGCUUGACCGUGCACGCUGAUAUUCCCGAACUGAACGAAGCCAUGACCGCAGCGUGCACGCCGCUGGCCAUCUGCGGGCACAAGGCGAAGGACAAGACGAUCCACGGGCCGGGCGACUUCGAAGCCCACCGCGGCACCGAUGGCAGGAACUACGUCUACGACUUUGCACGCCUGUUGCCGCCAGAGAGUCCCUCUGAAGAUCCAGAGACGCGGACCAGCGGUGCGUGUUCUACAAGCUGA